AUCAACUGUCAAUUCAUAUUUUUUUAGUUGCCUGUAAAAUGAGGAGUGGAGGCCUAUUUCUUUUUAUUUCCUUGAGUUUUGCCGCAAAUUCUUCGAUAUAAACUUACAAAACGAUGUGAUAACAGUUUUAUUAAGUGUCCGUUAAGUUAUUCGUGUAAUUUGUACCUGUGAUAGUUUUAAAAUGAAAGUUAUAGAAGCCAAAAUAGUUGUUUUGGGUUCCCAAGGGGUAGGCAAGACGAGCAUGGUGGUGCGCUACAUCGGCAAGAUGUUCUCGAAGCACAUCUCGCCCACCAUCGGAGCGUCUUUCUUCACCUGCAAGAUCAACCUGGAAGAUGCUACGGUUAAGCUGCAGGUAUGGGACACAGCUGGACAGGAGCGGUUUCGCUCGAUGGCCCCCAUGUACUAUCGCAACGCCAACGCAGCGCUGCUAGUGUUCGACAUAUCCUCUACUAUGAGCUUUAACAGCAUCAAGAGCUGGGUCAAGGAGUUACAGAGUAACGUGACAGAACCCAUGGUCCUCGCUCUCGUGGGCAACAAGUGUGACCUGGCGGACAGCAGACAAGUCUCUGAGAGCGACGCGAGUCAGUACGCAGCUAGCAUCGGAGCCAGUUAUUGUGAAACUUCCGCGUUGCAUGACCAGGGCAUAGACCAAGUGUUCGUGUCCACGGCCUCAGCUCUGCUCCGUCUGUCGUCGUCGUCGCGGUCGCUGCGUGCGUAUGAGACCGACUCGGACGCACUGCCGCCCGGGCAUAGACCAGGUGUUCGUGUCCACGGCCUCAGCUCUGCUCCGUCUGUCGUCGUCGUCGCAGUCGCUGCGCACCCCGACAGAGGAAGAUGCUACUCACACGGGCAAGGUGGAACUACCAGCCUGGAGCAUCGACAGCGUGGCCCACGGGGAAAUGCAGAGGUCCAUGUGCUGCUAGCGCGGCCCGGGAAUAACGGGAUUACCGGGAUUAGUAGGGGGCAAGGAGUAAUGUUCCAAUCAGUCGCCUGCAUUGAUUAUUACUAGGGAAGGACAUGGCAAACCGCUAAAAACUGCACCCCGCGAUGGCCCUAGUAUGUCAUAUAUCUGUCAUAAUUUGUUAGAAUUAGGGCCAGCGCGCGGGUGACACUUUCUUUAACCCUUCAGCCGGCGGAGCUCCGCAGAUGCGACAACUUUGCAAAAUCGGCCCUUGCCAGAUGAAGGGUUAAGAAAAAUGUUCAUACGGGCGCAUCUUUUGAAAUCAUUGGUCGCCUGCUAGAC